AUGGCUCAAACACCUAAAGACACGCUCGAGCAUUCGGAGGUGGUACAACAAAGCGAUUCGCUGGAGAAAGGUGAUCAGGCGAACAACAAAUACCGCUCAGAGUAUGAUGAUGAAGACCGCGCACCAGAGGCUCGCGGUCGUGAUGCAGACGAGAUGGCUCCUGGGUACUGGCUGUCGUCCCGCUUCUUGGGCAGUAUGGCAGCCAUUGGGCUUGGGUUCUGCGGAGGCACUGGCGGCUAUGCUCUCAUUGCACCGGUGUUGAACGACAUCAACGACGACAUCGGCCCGAGCGACAAUAUAGCUUGGGUCAGCAUCGUCUACAUCCUCAGCGAAGCCGUGUUCUUCCUGCUUGUCGGGAGGUUGUCAGAUGUUUUUGGGCGAAGAUGGUUUUUCAUUGUCGGAAGCCUGAUCAGCAUGGUCGGGUCCAUUGUUGGAGCAGUGGCUCAGAACGUUAAUACUCUCAUCGCCGCUGAGGUGUUGAUUGGGAUCGCUGCCGCUUUUCAAAUCUCCUUCUACUGGGUCAUCUCAGAGCUGGUUCCAAUGAAAUGGAGAUACGUCGCCAACUCGUAUGCGUACAUGGUCUCGAUCCCAACCAACCCUCUGGCCGCGAAGAUCGCAUUUGCGUUCCAGAAGACGCCUGUCAAAUGGCGAGGUAGCUUCUACUUCAUGACCGGUGUCAAUGCUCUUUCUGCUCUGUGCUGGUUCCUAUUCUACCACCCUCCGACUUUCAAGAUGCUGCAUAGGAAGAAGGCGGCGAUGGACCUCUUUCUGCACUUCGAUUGGAUGGGCCUCGUGCUCUACACUGGAAGCUUGACGGUGUUCCUGCUGGCUCUGAGCUGGGGCGGACAGCUGUAUCCGUGGAGCGAUCCGCAUGUGGUAGGGUGUAUCGUCACGGGUGGUAUCGCCCUGUUCCUCGUCUUUCCAGCGUGGGAGUUGUGGCUGCAGCGUCGAGGCAAAGACACUUUUCUGCCGCUGCAUCUGUUCACCAACCGUGUGUAUCAGGCUUGCGUGUGGAUCACCGGCAUAGGCGCCGCCACGUACUACGGCUUCUCGUUGGUCUGGCCGCAGGCGGUGAUCACACUGUACUCAAUCGACUCCUACGAUCGGCUCGGAACGCUGUCAGGCGUGGUGGCCAUGUGCUUCGUCUUCGGUCAGAUGUUCGGUGGACUCCUCGCAACCGUCAUCGGCCCUCGCUGGACGGUCAUUUCGAUGACCUGGAUCGCCGCUCCAAUAUACAUCGCCUGUGCCGCCAACCCGCUGAACCUCACCCUCACGAUGGGCCUCAUCACGACCGGUUCUCUUGCUAUUGGAGCCAGUGAGGCAGUCGCUGCCACCACAACCACUUUUCGUCUUCGGACUCAGGAAGAGCUGGGAACCGCCGGUGGCCUCAGUGGAGCUAUUCGCUCCUUCGUCUCUGCUCUGGCAACCUCAAUCUACUCGACAGUGUUAGCGAAUCGGUUGACCACGACAGUACCGCAAUACGUAGGUCCCGCGGCCGAAAACGCCGGACUGCCAUCGAGAAGCGUCCCAGCCCUCAUUGCUGGGCUGCAAGGGAGCGGUCCACUCUCGCAGUCUGCAGUACCUGGGCUUACGAGUGCGAUCAAUGCGACAGCUGCACAGGCAUACAAAUACGCCAAUUCCGAAGCUUACAAGACAGUCUUCUACACUUCGUUCGCAUUUGGAGGAGCUGGAAUGAUUCUCGCCUGGCUGAUCUUGGACAACGACAAGAGCAAGUACGGUCUAGUGGCCGGACAUGUGCACAACCCGAAGAACGAAAAGACGCUCGAGACAGUGCCGGCGGCUGAGAAUGCGUGA